UGCAAGCAGCUUGGCGUCCAGCGCAGGCUACAUGAGCGGUUCGUUCCCUUGAUGAAAUACCGAUUCACGCGCGAACAGCUCGCGCACGCACGCGUACUCGAUGCCGUCAUCCAGUAUAUGCUGCGAUUGCAUCUCCGGGGUCGUUGAACACGCCGUGGCCCGCCGUCGUGUCCCGCUUCCUACAUUCGUGCGACUCCGCCCUCAAAUUCAUGCAGUUCCCGAAAGGCCACGGAAUGCACUGUCACUCUGCUCCAUCUCCUGUGCGAGCGGCGUUCCACGCCCAUGCAUCGACAUCGACUCCAUUUUCACAGGCCAGAUUGUCACCGUCCCGGUCCAUUUCAUGUGGACAUCCAUCCCGCGCGCUACGAAGACCUUGAUGCGAGGGGAUCCAGCCAGAGCGCUGGAUCAGGGAGGGCAGACCCGCUACGCGUGCCGGAGAUCUAGGGCCACUCGCAUGUAUUGACGUUCACACAUAUGGACAUUCCGCACGUAUGUUAUCGGCGCCGGUUCGUGCUCGCGACGAUCAAGUCGUGCGGUGCGUUGUUCUGGAAUCACGCGAUCGAGUUGGGAUGGAAACGAUAUGAGAAU